UGACCCUCACUAUCUUCUUUCUCCCUCUCUCUCUCUCUCUGUCUCUGUGUGUGUGUGUGUGUCUUCUUUCUCUCACUAGCUGGGCGAGAGGCAUUCCUUCGUCACGCAUUCAUCAGUUUUCGGGGUACAUUUUGUGCUUCGAUUCAGUUUCGUGGCAUUGGUUGUACAUAGAUUUGUUCAUACUUUGUAUUUCUGUGUUGAUUGCUGUUUGUCUUUCAAGACAAUUGAAGAGCUUGUAGAACGUUGAUUGUAAUAGAGGAGUUGAAGAAAGGAGAAGGAUUUGAGGGAGAAAGAUAGUUUAAAUUUGACUUUCUGGAUGUUUGUGCUUCUGGGUGGAAAUGACGUCUGAUAUGGCACAAAGCUUGAGAUCAAGCAGGUCCUCAUUUGGCUCUAGCAAUGGGUUUGAAGCCCAUUCCCACAACUCUUAUGCCACCUCAAAUGGUGAUGAUUAUGAUUCUGAUGGUUCCAACUUUGCUCCACCCACGCCUAAUACUCUCUCAUCAGUUAUGCCGCCUGAACUUGCCGGUGCUAUACCAUUGAUUGACAAAUUCCAGGUGGAGGGAUUUUUGAGGGCUAUGCAGAAGCAGAUUCAUUCAGCUGGUAAACGUGGUUUCUUCUCUAAAAAGACACUGGGAUUGCAAGUUCGAGAGAAGUUCACCUUUGAGGAUAUGCUUUGCUUCCAGAAGGAUCCUAUCCCUACCUCACUUCUGAAAAUAAACAGUGAUCUUGUUAGUAGAGCAGUUAAGCUGUUCCAAGUCAUCCUGAAGUAUAUGGGAGUUGAUUCCUCUGAUCGAGUUACUCCAAUUAGCUUAGAUGAAAGCAUUGAACUUGUUAGCAAACUAUACAAGCAUGCUUUGAAGCGUUCUGAACUUCGGGAUGAACUCUUUAUGCAAAUUUCAAAGCAGACAAGAAACAACCCUGAUAGGCACUCUUUGAUUAAGGCAUGGGAGCUCAUGUAUUUAUGUGCAUCCUGCAUGCCUCCUAGCAAGGAAAUUGGUGGCUAUUUGUCUGAAUAUGUACAUACUGUGGCACACAGUGCCAGUAGUGAUUCUGAAGUGCAAAUCCUUGCAAUGAAUACGUUAAAUGCUUUAAAGCGUUCUGUUAAGGCUGGACCACGACAUAUAAUACCUGGACGCGAGGAAAUUGAUGCUGUUUUGACUGGUAAAAAGCUUACAACUAUAGUGUUUUUCUUGGAUGAAACCUUUGAAGAGAUAACAUACGACAUGGCCACAACUGUAGCUGAUGCUGUUGAGGAGCUUGCUGGGAUAAUCAAAUUAUCAACAUACUCUAGCUUCAGUUUGUUUGAGUGUCGUAAGGCUGCUGUUAUUUCGAAAUCAGCAGACCCCGGAAAUGAGGAGUAUAUCGGUUUAGAUGAUAACAAAUAUAUCGGAGAUCUACUUGCCGAUUUUAAGGCAUCAAAGGACCGGAGUAAAGGAGAGAUUUUGCACUGUAAACUGACAUUCAAAAAGAAGCUAUUUCGGGAGUCUGAUGAAGCUAUUACAGACCCAAUGUUUGUGCAGUUAUCAUAUGUCCAACUACAACAUGAUUAUGUAUUAGGCAAUUAUCCGGUCGGAAGGGAUGAUGCUGCACAGCUAUCCGCGUUGCAGAUUCUGGCUGAAAUUGGAUAUGUUGUUUCUCCAGAAACAUGCACCGAUUGGACAUCACUUCUGGAGCGAUUUCUCCCAAGACAAAUAGCAAUUACUCGAGCGAAGAGAGACUGGGAACUAGAUGUUCUUUCUCGUUACCGUUCAAUGGAAAAUUUGACAAAAGAUGAUGCUAGACAACAAUUUUUGCGCAUCUUGAGAACACUUCCUUAUGGGAACUCAGUGUUCUUUGCUGUCCGUAAAAUUGAUGAUCCUAUCGGACUGCUGCCAGGGAAAAUUAUUCUGGGCAUUAACAAGCGUGGGGUUCACUUCUUCCGCCCUGUUCCAAAGGAGUAUCUACAUUCAGCUGAGUUAAGGGACAUAAUGCAAUUUGGCAGCAGUAACACUGCUGUUUUUUUCAAAAUGAGAGUUGCUGGUGUCUUGCAUAUAUUUCAGUUUGAAACAAAACAGGGAGAGGAAAUCUGUGUUGCCCUUCAAACACAUAUAAAUGAUGUGAUGCUGCGCCGCUACUCCAAGGCACGUGCCGCUGCAAAUGGUUCAAUUAAUGGACAUCCUUCUGAUAAUGUUCGACCACCUACUGUUGACUUCAAUGAGAAGCGAGUUUUGGAAUUAUCGAAAUCUCUUGAAGAAUCGGAAAACAAAGUGAAUCAAUUGCAAGAGGAUUUACAUGAAAAGCAAAAGCAAGAACUGAAAAUGAAAGAAGAUUUGGAGAGUUUGAAAAGCAUUUUGAGGUCUGAGAAGCAUUAUUUGGAAGAAAUAAUUUGUGAAUGUGACAAACUGAGAACUUUGUGUGAUGAAAAAGAUUCAGCACUACAGGCUGCAUUUUUGGAGAAGCAAAGCAUUGAGGUGAAGUUUGCAAAGCUGAAUAGUCAAGGACUGGAGAACAACAUUAGGAAAGAGUUGGUUGAGACAAAUAGCCAGGUCUUGCGUAAGACCCAAGAUGAACUAAAAGCAUGCAGUGCACAGUUGCACGCUGUAGAAGAAUCCAAAAGGAAACUUGUGAAUGAGAAAACAUCUCUUGAAGAAAGACUUUCAAGACUUGAAAGGAAUAACAAUGAUGAGAUUGCUAUUAUUAAGGAGAACUUUGAACAGGAACGCAAGACCAUGAAGCUUCAUAUUUCUGAACUUGAAAAGAAAUUGGAAGAGUCCAAACGAAAAUUGGGUGAAGCACAAUCGGCUAUUGCCAUUAAGGAUACCGAGUUGUCUGCUUUGCAAAAUAAUCUUAGGGAAUUGGAGGAGCUUAGAGAAAUGAAAGAGGACAUUGACAGAAAGAAUGAGCAAACAGCGGCAAUUUUGAAGAGGCAAGGGGCUCAAUUGGCUGAGAUGGAGGCACUUUACAAGGAAGAACAAGUUAUGAGAAAACGAUAUUUUAACAUGAUUGAAGACAUGAAAGGCAAGAUUCGAGUCUAUUGUCGAUUGAGGCCUCUCAGUGAGAAAGAAAUAUCUGAGAAGGAGAGAAAUGCGAUGGCGAGUGUGGAUGAAUUCACAGUAGAGCAUACAUGGAGAGACGAUAGAGUGAAACAACACAUGUAUGAUCGUGUUUUUGAUGGCCGUGCUACCCAAGAGGAUGUUUUUGAGGAUACCAAGUACCUGGUGCAAUCUGCUGUCGAUGGAUAUAAUGUUUGCAUAUUUGCAUAUGGACAAACUGGUUCAGGGAAGACGUUUACAAUUUAUGGAUCUGAAGGCAAUCCUGGGCUCACUCCACGUGCUAUCUCUGAACUUUUUAGGAUUAUGAAGCGGGACAAUAAAAAGUUUUCUUUCACUUUGAAGGCAUAUAUGGUGGAAUUAUAUCAAGAUACACUAAUAGAUCUCUUAUUGCCGAAGAAUGCAAAGCGUUUGAAAUUGGACAUAAAAAAAGAUUCAAAGGGUAUGGUGGUUGUGGAAAAUGUAACACUCUUGUCCAUUUCAUCCUAUGAUGAAUUACAAAGUGUUAUGGAGAGAGGGUCUGAACAACGUCAUACAACAGGGACCCUGAUGAAUGAGCAAAGUUCGAGAUCACAUUUAAUACUUUCCAUUGUUAUAGAGAGUACCAAUCUUCAAACUCAAUCUGUAGCCAGAGGAAAGCUAAGCUUUGUGGAUCUUGCUGGAUCUGAAAGAGUGAAGAAGUCAGGGUCUUCUGGUAGUCAAUUGAAGGAAGCUCAAAGCAUCAACAAAUCACUUUCAGCUCUUGGAGAUGUCAUUGGUGCUUUAUCUUCCGGCAAUCAGCACAUUCCCUACCGAAAUCACAAGCUAACUAUGUUGAUGAGUGAUUCACUGGGCGGUAAUGCUAAAACUUUGAUGUUUGUAAACAUAUCUCCAGCCGAAUCAAAUUUGGACGAGACCUACAACUCUUUAACGUACGCAUCCCGAGUACGGUCAAUUGUGAAUGACCCUAGUAAAAAUGUGUCAUCAAAGGAAGUGGCUCGUCUUAAGAAGCUAGUUGCCUAUUGGAAGGAGCAGGCUGGUCAAAGAGGUGAUGACGACGAUCUGGAAGAGGUCCAAGACGAACGAAGUCGAAAAGAUAAGACUGAUAAUCGUCAUUCUCUGUGAGUUGCCCUCAAUUAUGUGUAAUGGUAACCUUACCAAGUAAACCGAGCUUGUUGGUUUAAAGGCAUCAGGCAAUCUCAUAGCAUGUCAAAUACUUGUUUGUCUUGCUGCCUUGUUGGGAUGCUUGUCCAAAAAUUUUGCUGUGGCAAGAGGGUCUUUGCUUCUUCGAUGGGUUCGUCCUAUUUUUGUACAGUAAAUCUGUAUAUUAUCAAGAUUAAUACCAAUACCUGGAAUUGGUUUUUCUGUCCUUUUCUUUGCCAUCAAAGUUUGUAAAUUCCGUAGAAACAUACGCUUUUACAAAAUUUCGUUUGUCCAUUCAGUUCA